CUGCCCAUAACUAAUCACGACUCAACCGUUUGACACCAACUACCCUCAGCGGGGAGUCAAUGCACCGACCGCCAUGGAUAUUGACGACAUUCUCGCCUCCGUGGACCGCCACGACCCGACCACCCCGGAGUCCACGGCGCUGGACCACCAAUUGCUGACGCGGUUCUGGGUGGCCGAGCGCGGCGUCUCGGAGCUGCUUCCCUGGCCGGGGCCCUUGAUGGACCGCAUGAUGGACCGCGUUCGACGACAGAUCGAAACAAUCGAAGACCUAGCCGCAACCUCCGCCGACCCCCUCCCCAGCACCAGCACCACCACAAACCUCCAAACCACCACCACCAACACCAACACCACAAUAAACCUUACCCUCUCAAUUCUCCAAACCGACCUCUCCCGCACCCAAUACACCCUCCGCAGCCUCCUCCGGCAGCGUCUCUCCAAACUCACAAAACACAGCAUGCACUACCUCCUCCGCAUCUCGCCGCCCACCACCCAACAAACCCAAUCGCAAUCCCAAACGGCAGAGCACGACCUCCGCCCCGAGGACUCCAUCCCCACCGUGGGCCAAGAAGCCCCACACCCGCCUCUCUCGGCCCCCGAGGUGAGGUUCCUGGUCGCGCAUCAGCACCUCCUGGCCAAGCACUACGGGGACGCGUUCCUGGGGUCGUUCCCGCCGCAGCUGCGUCGGUUGGAUGAUAACGCCGGCGGGACGAGUAUGGUGCAGGGGCCGGAGGUGCGGGAGGUGGUGUUUGUGCGGUGUUUGGUGGAGGAGGUGCGGGUGGUGGUGCCGCCGGGGGAUGGGGUCGAGGAGGAGGUGGUGGGCGGCACGGCGAUGCGGAUGGGGGAUGUUUGGGCGGUCAGGUGGGAGGGGGUCAGGGAUGCGUGGCGCAGGGGCGAGGUGGAGGUUCUUUAGUAUUGGGUUCUGAGGUUGGGGAUGUGAGAUGGGGCCAAGGAGGAGGUCAGGAUGAGCUUCUUUGUAUGUUAUGUUGGACUGUUGGCAAGGUUCGGGCUCGGGACAUGGUUGUAUACCAAUGUGCAUGGUUGCAUGGUGCAUGGUGCAUGGUGGCGUUGCAAGCUUCUUUUCGUUGAUUGUUGUUAUGUUUCCUGAUGAUACCUACUGCAUACAUCGCUUCUACAUUUACUGCAUAC